GCGCCGGGGGGCUGCUGAGCCCGGCCCGGCCCCUCCCGGCCCCUGCGCGGCGCUCCGCGGGCUGCGGGCGUCAUGGCCGAGGCGGCGCCGCCACCAUGACCGCGGACCCGUCGGCGCAGCUCCCCGACAGCCUCCGCACGGACCAUGUUCCAUGCCUUUUUUAGAUCUACCUUACCAGUUCUGCCACUGCUCCUUGUUCUGUCUCCAGUGAAUGCAUCUACUUGCGCAAUGGGAAAUAAAACAACAGAAAUCCGUGUGAAGUAUGAGAAUAUACUAAGUCACGACAUCAAUGAGCUGGUAAAUAUGUCUGCAGAGAAUCGUGACAAGUGCUGCAAGAAUAAAAAAUAUGAAAAUAUCAAAGUGUUUUUCUGCAAUGAUUCUGAGGAAAUAGAAUCACUACAGAGCAUGGCGUGCAACAUGCUCAGAUUCUUUAAUAAGCAGAGAAUCAGCAAAGCCUUUAGACAGAAAGCAGCAUUUGUCUCAUGUGGGACAUUACAAGUUCUACAGUGUAAAUGUGAAAGACCUAAAAAAGAAAAGGUUUGCUCACGUGUAUUUCGUUUAGAAGAUACAGAGACAGGUGAACAGUCCAAAAAGAAAUGUAACCAGGAAGUUUGUGAACUGAAAGAAAAUAUAUCUAGCCUUCGAUCCUGCUGGAAUAAAUUUGAAAAAAUCAUUUCCAGGUGAUUCCAGGUGAAUCCUGCUCUUUUCUUUCGAAGUGGCAUUACUUGGUAUCUUUGCAUUUUAUAUGCAUUCUUCAAGUAAACUUGCUCGCUUAUAUGAACACUUUGUGCCAGAAUUCUGAUGGAAGGCUACUGUACCUUGUUCCUGGAGAUGACAGAAACACAAAUGGCUGAACCAAGCUGCUGAAGUCCGAGAAGUGGAAAUAGAAGACCAGCAUUUGAAAUAAAGAACUCUGCAGAAGUCUGUGUCCAACCUUUGUGCUCUGGAAACUACUCUGAAUUUCCUGAUUUUUCAAGUAACUUUACAAUACUGUCAUAUGAAAGCAGCCACUUACAUGUCGACUGGAAUUUACAAAAAACAUCUUGGAAUCUGCAGAUGAAGAAAAAGAGUACAAAAAGGUAGCUGGUUUCUUUAUAUCUAUGCAAAACACACCAAGGACCAAAAGUAACAAUUUACCAAAGCAGCAGAUUAUCUUGGAUAUGUUCUCCUGACACAGAAGUGGUUUUGGUGUGGGUCUGAUGGGUCUGCUAACUGAUUUGGGUUUGGAAAAACAGGGAAAAAGUUAGCUUUUUGAAAAACUUAGGAAGGAUACUGAUUUUUGAGAGAUGCAGCAUGCUUCUGUUGGCUGAAGCACAGGCAAGACUGAAUCCUGUGGAAGAAGAAAAAGAUGCCUGAAUGUAAGUUGUUCAGUUGACUGGAAACAGCACUACACUCAUUCAUUUGAUCAACCCAGAGUUAGCUGCAGGAGGAGCUAGAAUUCCUUAGCUUCAGAUUGUGAUUUCUCAUAUGCAAUUAUUUUAUGUAACAUGUUUUAAGAUGUUAGGCAAACAUGACUUAAAAUAUGUGAAUAUUGUCAGAGAAUAAUAUAUUGGCAUUUAACUAAUAAAGUGCUCAUAUUUUAUUUUGAAUAAAUAGAAGUAUUUUUAUAGUUAUUACACUUUUGCAGUUUCUUACUUUGAUAUAACUCCUUUGGUAAUAAAAUAUUUGUCUUCUGUGAAA